AACCUUUUCAAUCAGAAAACGUAUUUAGAAGGGCAGUCAGAGGUGAGGCGUGUUCCUCCGCCUGAAGGUAGGCUUUCCGGGCCUCCACUCGUCUCGGUAAGCCGGGGACUGGCGUGGCGAGUCCGGAGGCGCGUGGCGGAGCAAACAAGCUUAUCUCUAGCACCCACUGAUAAGCCGAGUCGAAAGACAAUCACCAAAGUUGGAGGGCUCAGUGCGAUCGCGAGAGCCUUGGAACGAGAUGCGGAUGCUGUGGCUCCUGCUCUUCCUGCUUCUGGGACCCUCCUGCCGGGGGGCGGGCAAAGUGAUAUACUUCAACCAGCUGAACAGGACCCAGUCCACCGAGAUGGCCAAAAACCAGACCGACUUGCUGGGCAAGGGCAUGCUAUUCGACGUGCGGGGGAAUCGGUGCCACCGGGGAUUUACGAGGGACCACCACGGACGCUGCCGAAGAAUUGUCAGAUAGCCGUGCUAACUUAUUUUAAGAUUCGUGUUUAUUUCGAGUCUGUGCCGAGAUUAAAGUAAAAGCCGCCGACCGUUCAUAAAGCGAGAUAAGACAGCUGAUUUCUAUUCCACAAAAAUAAUAAUAAAAAACAAGUUCCAAAGCA